UUUUGCAUGUGUUCUAUUCGGAAGAAAGAUGAGCGCCAGUUUGGAGAGAUGGCUUAGAUGAAAACUCUAAUAAGGGCAAUUACACGACUGCGCAUUGACUCUUCAUUUCUCUGGCCUUGGCUGCCUCUUUCAGUUUCUUCUUAUCUCCCAGGAAAAGUUGUCUUCCUGUUUGAGCGUCAUAGUAGGUAAAGUUCGUGCAGGAUCCGACCUCGUGCACAACCGUAGCUGCAUAUCUCCCGUCCCUUUUAUAGCCAUCUUCCUUCCUAGCUUUAUUCCACUCUCUUUCAUCUUUCCAUCACCAUCAUUUCUCGCUGCAGAAGCUAAUUUGCACUCAUGGCAGAUUCAAGUGGCGACGAGAGGUCUGUAUCUCGGGGACGCGAUGCAUUUCAAUCUUCAGGUAGAGGCGGUGUGGGUAACAUUCGACGCUCUUCCAUCUCAAGUGAUUCUCGUUCCGUCGAUGGUCCGGAUGAUUCUGAUUUGACUCGUGGGCGGGAGCCACUUGCGCAUGCUGACAGGACGCAGAUGUUCUCGGUGGGUAGGGGUGGAGCGGGUAAUAUACGCUCCCCUUCUCAGGAAUUGGUAGAAUAUGAACAGCGGGUCAAGACGCACCACGCUGAAUCCAACCCGUUAGGCGGUCUUGGUAACAUAUCAAGCUCCCGCUCUCGUUCUCGUUCUCGUGAUCCAAUGAUUUGUUCCACGGGACGAGGCGGAGUAGGGAAUAUUCAAUACGGAGCUGCCACCAGCGUCGACAAUAUGGACGAAGAGGAAAGAAAGAAGCAUGCUCAUGCUCAAGUGAGACACUCAAUUGGCAGAGGCGGAGCUGCAAACCUUGCCAAUGUGCACUCGCCUGAUAUUGAACGAUAUAGUCCUCUCCGGCUCCGGGGACACUGA